UGGAGUCACUCCGACCUCCCUCAGUGUUAAAAAAGGAAAGGCUCCUAGUAAUCGGGAGCUUCAUGCAAGAUUGGAAGCCAUGCAAGCUGAGCUUGAUGCACUGAGGAGAGAAAGAGAGGCUAGCGCCUCAACGGUAUACAGAGAUGCUUCGGACAAAAACAGUAUCAACUGUACCUUUCAGCCGAACAUUCCAGAGGUAAUUACAUAUAAUUGUCUUAAAUUGAACUAUUUGCUUAAAUUAUGUAUUUGACAUAUAUACACAUUAACGAUUUCUUGUUAUUAUUGGUUUUAGGGCAUUUCCCAUUGUCAGCUGUAUUUGUCGUCACCAUACUAUCGGAUGGUUGGCAAGGGAAAAGUGCAUAACGUUAGCGGAGUAUUACUCCACACUAGAGAGCUCCCUGCUGGAUGUUUGAAGGUAUCAGUUGAUAUUGCAGUUGAGCCGAAUGCAGCAUUACCAUAUCCUAGCGAUGAUUCGGAUGCAACAACGGUGCACGAAGCAGUAGGUUCGUUUGUUGCAUGGCCGACAAACCUCAUAUGCGUAGGAUAUGAGACUCCCACAAAAUCCAAAUCAAAAGAAAAUGAGGUUAGCAAUGCCUCCGCACAACAAAAAAAGGAGGUUAGCAACGCCUCCGCACGGGUAAAAAGUUCUGGUGCUAAGAAGACCGUAGCUAGGAAAAAACCUACCGCCAAGUAUAGGUCGUGCCUCAGGACAUUUAUAGAGAUGACCGAUAUACCGACCGGAGGUGUUCGGAAUGUACAUAUGGAGGUAGGGAUUUUCGGCUUUGAUUACGACCAAAUGAUUGGUAAUGAAGACUUCAUGCAAGUUUUUGGUCAUGAAGAAAUCGGCGUCAACGUUGUCAAUACAUAUAUUAGGUAAAUCCGGUCUACUUUGUUUUAUUAAUUAAACAACUUAUGUUAAUGAUGUUUACUUUAUGUUAAUCCGGUUUACUUUAUGUUUCAAAAGAGGUGUUAAUGAUGUUUUUAUAUUAGGUUUUUGUAUGACAAAUUGAUGC